CCCGUAUUAUCUUGAUCCUCUUUUCUUUUUCUUUUAACUUGCUUAUAAAGUAACGAUGUCAAAUACAAAUAAGAAAUCCAAAGACCCGCUCUUGUCGCUUAUAUCUGGUACAAUAGCUGGUGGUGUAGAAGGAAUUGCCACCUAUCCAACCGAGUAUGUCAAGACACGUCUACAGCUUCAAGCGGGAGGUAAACUACAACCAGGAGAGCUUAAGUUUUCUGGUCCUAUCGACUGUUUAGUCAAGACAGUUAGAACAAAAGGUAUUCUUGCUAUCUACACUGGUGUUUCUGCACUUGCCAUUGGUAAUGCUGCCAAGGCUGGUGUACGCUUCUUGACCUAUGACCAGAUUGCAAAUGCCCUCAGAGACAAGGACGGAAAAUUGACAGGUAUUCGAAGCAUGCUUGCAGGACUUGGCGCUGGUAUGACAGAGGCUGCUCUUGUCGUCACUCCUUCAGAGACAAUCAAGACAAAGAUGAUUCAUGAUAAAAACAGCACGUCUCCACGGUAUAAAGGUUUAGUGCAUGGUACAAGAUUGAUUGUGGCGGAGGAAGGCAUAGGAGGUAUCUAUCGUGGGUUAGGGCCCGUCAUGGCAAGACAGGGAGCAAAUAGUGCAGUGCGAUUUAGUUGUUACUCUUACUUCAAGACAACUCUUCAGUCCUGGCGGGGUAAAGGAGACGAACCAUUACCAUCAGCACAUACAUUUGCUGCUGGUGCACUAGCUGGAAUUGUUACAGUAUAUAGUACUAUGCCAUUAGAUGUAGUCAAGACAAGGAUGCAAGGAUUAGAUGCCAAAACACUAUACAAGAAUUCUAUAGAUUGUCUAAUACAAGUCGUUAAACAGAAUGGCGUAUUUUCCCUCUGGAAAGGGACUACACCAAGACUUGCCAGACUGAUUUUCUCUGGAGGAAUUGUAUUCACAGUCUAUGAAAAAGUGUACCAUGGCUUAGAGUUCUUUAGAUCUUAAUAAACAAACAAUGCUUUUAGAAAAAGGAAAGGGAUACCAUAUUUUACUUAUUACUUCAUUUAAAGAAAUAUCAUGGUUAAGUAGGAUGUAACGUCUGUUAGUGUCUAUAGUCCAG